AGAACUACUGACAGAUGACUUAUUCUUUUAUCCAGAGAGAAGAUAUGGCUGUUUGUUGCUGUGUCGUCUUUGUUUCAGGGAUUUACUUAUCCGGAAAAACUCGGAAGAAUGAAGAGAGCUGUGGAUCCUGAAGCAUUUAUGAAUAUUAAUGAGCUGGUUACUUACAAAGGGUACCCCAGCGAGGAGUACGAAGUGAUGACAGAAGAUGGUUAUACCCUCACCAUUAACAGAAUCCCUUAUGGUCCACAGAGUCGGGGAAACCCAGCUCUGAAACCUGCUGUGUUUCUCCAACAUGGACUACUGGGAGAUGCUAGUAACUGGGUCACAAACCUACCCAACAACAGCUUGGGCUUCAUUGCUGGUUUUGAUGUUUGGAUGGGAAAUAGCAGAGGGAAUCGCUGGUCCAGGAAACAUCAAAAUUACUCCAUUGAUCAAGACGAAUUCUGGGCUUUCAGUUUUGAUGAGAUGGCUAAGUUUGAUCUGCCAGCAGCAAUAAAUUUCAUUCUGGAGAAAACAGGACAGGAAAAGUUGUACUAUAUUGGCUAUUCGCAAGGUGCAACCAUGGCUUUCAUUGCAUUCUCAACAAUGCCAGAGCUGGCUCAAAAAAUCAAACUCUAUUUUGCCUUGGCACCUGUCACGACUAUUAAGUACGCCUCAAGCCCAGUAACAAAACUCCUCUACCUUCCUGAGAAACUGCUCAGGGCUAUGCUUGGCAAAAGAGAAUUCCUUCCACAGACUGAACGUCUAAGAAAGUUAAUAGUUCCUUUCUGCAGCCACCAAGGCCUUGCCAGGCUUUGUAGAAGUAUCUUCUUCGGUCUGGGGGGCUGUAACCUGAAAAACAUUGACAUGAGCCGAAUCGACGUGUACAUCGCACAAACCCCUGCUGGAACGUCCGUGCAGAACAUAGUCCACUGGAGUCAGGAGGCCCAUUCAGGGAAGUUCCAAGCUUAUGACUGGGGCAGUUCAGAGAAGAACAUGGAAAAAUACCAACAGGCUGCUCCUCCUCCCUAUGUUGUGGAAGAGAUGGCUGUCCCAACGGCGGUGUGGACUGGGGGACGAGACUUGCUCGCAGAUCCCAAGGAUGCAGCCAUUUUACUGUCUCAAAUUAAGAGGCUCAUCUACCAUAAGAGGAUUCCGGAAUGGGCACACCUGGAUUUCAUUUGGGGACUGGAUGCACCUUUGCACAUGUACAAUGAAAUCAUUGACCUGAUGCAGAAGUAUCCUUAACCCACAACCAGUGGCCAUACCCAACUCAUUCAAUGCCACUUGCUCUCACGGGGUACAAACAGAACCUUCUUUUGCAUUAGGUGGUUUCUGUUGCAGUCAAGGAAAGGGUUCC